AUGCUCAUGACCCGACGGAAGCACAUCGAGCAUGCAGACUCUUGGCUAGGGGUGCGGACGGCUUGGGAGCGCCUCCUCAUGGAACGCAGCCUCGCGUUAAAGGGCGAGAUGCAGAUGUACAUUUGCUGCUUGCUGCCAUGGUUCUGGCCCUUGCGAUGGAUGUGGCGGUAUCGGAUUCGACAUUGGGCCAGCCUGCUGCUAGAGGAGGAACAUACACAGGUCCAUAUCAUCUCAACAGCUUCGUGGUCCAGAGAUUUCUUUCAGCGAAUGCACAUACACGACGACGGGCGAGCCUAUACGAUGGUGGUCCGACACGACGGCGAGAUUCUGUGGGCUGGACACGACAAGUUUCAGCCUCUUCAAGAGCGCGAGAUGGUAAGUGUGGUCGACAAAGAGUGCAAGUGGAGGGCAGACGAAGCUCAGAAGUUACUUGCAGGCGGAGGUGUUGAAGCAAUCGAUUCUCCAAAGGCUAGGCUUUUUCAAAACAUGCCUGCCCAGCUUGUGGAAGGCGUCCUGAAAGAGUCAGGGCUCCACUCCUGUGCAGACAGAGAUGUGCGACGGAUUUCUGUGACGGAUGAGCCUACAGUGGAGUCAGUGGAGCAUCCGGUUUCGGAGCCUGCAUCGAAGAAAUACCUCCUGCGUGCUCGACAGUGCCCAGAUGAUCCUGCUCGGAUGCAGCAGGAUUUCUUUGAUUUUGUUGCAGACAAAGGGCUGCAGCUGUAUGCAAAGCAAGAGGAAGCCAUCCAUGCUGUGUUUGGAGACUCUCACGUUGUGCUCAGUACACCGACAGGCAGUGGCAAGUCCCUCGUUGCAUCAGCCAUGCUGUUCCGCUCAAUUGCCGAGGGCAGACGAGCCUAUUACACGUGCCCGGUGAAAGCGCUGGUUAGCGAAAAGUUCUUUUCCUUGUGCCACGACUUCGGCCCAGAGUUGAUUGGGAUGGCAACAGGUGAGGUUUCAAUCAACCCUGCUGCUCCUGUGAUUUGCUGUACGGCUGAAGUUUUAGCCAAUGUGGCUCUGCGAGAUGGUCCGGCCGCAGAGCUUAGCUACGCUGUCAUGGACGAGUUCCACUUCUUUGACGACAAGGGCCGUGGCUAUGCAUGGGAAGUUCCCCUCUUCAGGCUGCCACAGGUAAUGUUUCUGCUCAUGUCUGCAACGAUGGGAGACAAUCAGGCCUUGUAUGCGAACCUCACGGCAUACACAGGCCGCAAAGUGACGACGAUAACAUCCACAGAUCGUCCGGUUCCCCUUGAUUGGUCUUACCUUUUCGAGACAGCAAAAGAUGCCAUUGACGAAUUGGUCGCCUCAGGACGCACACCCGUGUACGCAGUUUGCUUUACCCAGCAAGAUGCCGCUACGCUGGCACAAUCACUGGUCUGCAAAGAACUCGCUCCGAGUGAGAGAAGAAAGCAAGACCUGGCGGAGCAAUUGAAGGACAUGGAGUUUGAUACUCCUUACGGGGACAGAUUGAGGCAGCUGCUCAUAAAUGGUAUCGGCUUGCACCAUGCCGGGUUGCUUCCAAAGUACCGGCGCCUUGUAGAGCAGAUGGCCCAAGCCGGGAACCUUACGUGUAUAUGCGGAACCGACACACUUGGAGUCGGAGUCAAUGUGCCCAUCCGAAGCGUACUGUUCACGCAACUUUGUAAAUACGACGGUGAAACAACUGUUCUAGUGACACCUCGUCAGUUUCAUCAGAUUGCAGGAAGGGCUGGGAGGAGAGGGUACGACACCAAAGGCAGUGUAGUGGCGGUGCAUCCUGCCCACGAAGUGUACAAUAAACAGCUGCAAGAACUCAUCAAGGCUGCAGAAAACAAGAAAGAGCGUGAGAGGCUACAGAGGCGGCGCCGGUCUGCGAAGAACAACUUCGUCCAUUGGGACGAGGAAACGUUUACAAAGCUGCGAACAUCAUCCCCGGCGCCGCUCAGGUCUCGCUUUCAGCUCAGCCAGGGCCAUGUGCUAAGCCUUUUGCAAGGUGCGGAGGAGCACGGUCGGGACGGACUUGCUGAAGUUCAUGAGCUGAUAUCUUUGUCCUUAUGUGGCAAGAAAAACAAAGAGCACUUAGCUCAGCAAGUGGACCAGUACAUACAGGCAUUGUCAGGCGCUGGGCUCAUCGUAAAGCAGGGAGAUUUACUGCAAGCUGACAGUACCUUACAGCGCGAUUUUCUCUUGAUGGAAGACGUCUCCCUGUUCUUAGUGGACGUUUUGCCUCUGCUGCAGUGGGGGUUUGCUGGAGACAACUGGAAGCUAGCGAAAGCAGUCCUGUCUGUGGUCGAAGCCAUCUGCGAGGAACCGAUAGCAGUGGUGCGUGCGCAGGCAAUCCGAGUUCAUGUGAAAGCUAGGCACAGCGCAGCAUCAGCUCGACACCAGGGUCAGAUACCUUCGCAAAAUGGCACCGGACUAGAUGUAGUGAACAUGGCUGUGGCCUCCUAUGGUCGAAGAGGGUAUCUGAACAACUUGGCACGUUCUGUGCGUCACGUGCAUGAGAAAGCAUGUGCUUGCAAGAAUAAGACAGAGCGGAGAGCCGUGCAGGCACGUGCCAAGCAGCGGAAGCAACCGCGGUUGCCUUGUGAAGAUGUGCUGUUGCCUGCCUUCGAGAACUUCUUGAAGCGACACCCAUGGGUGUCACGUGAUUCGUUGAAGCCAAAAGCAAUUGCACUGGACAUGUUCGAGGCCCAGCUGUCUUUUUCUGAUUUCAUCAAGAAGCUAAGCCCGCUGGACAAGUCCAAGCGAGUGCUCCAGCAAGAGGGCCUGCUUUUGCGCUUUUUAUCGCAAGUGCACAAGACCAUGAAGCACAACGUACCUGAUGAUUUCAAAACAGAUGAGGUGCUUGAGAUAGAAGCAUUCCUGCUGUCGGCAAUAAAUGGCACGGACUCGAGUUUGCUACGUGAAUGGGAGGCAUUGAAGGAGCUGGAGUCAGUAAGUUUCGAAGAGACAGGGACCGGGUCGGAAGCACUUGCUUCCGCAGAGCGAAGCCUCAGAGCCGCAUCUCCAAGCAGAGCCCUUAUUGGCAAUGCACCAGAGACGGAGAGUGAGUUUCGGUUUUUGCAGGCCAGAGCUCGAGUGGAAGCCCAACGAUUCGCGCGACAUUUAGCAAGGGGCAGAUGGAAGGAAGCUGCAAAGUCACUCCGGCAAGACACGGAUGACGUUUGGAAUGCUGACUCUCUUCGUAAGCAGAUCAUUGCCGAAGGCCGCAGGCCUUUCGCGAAAGACUCUUACAGUAUUCAAAUCGAGAUGGACACUCUGGACUACGGGCUACAAGUCUUCGGUGAAAUCCUGGAUGAAGAGAGUGGGGCUGCUUUACCAUGGCUGGAGUUUGAAGUCAUCGCACCCUGGCCCUCGAACAGCUUCGAGGGUGAGCCAUCAACGAUUCCCGCAGAGUUGGUGAAAGUCUUUCUAGAAGAGUGUUCGCAUGUCAAGCAAUUCAACACCCUCCUGCAUCAGGCGAUUGAGCAGCGGCGGAAGGAGCAGGACCGGUCGCAGAGCCGCUGUGGCGGCUUCGCACCGACCCCCAACUGCUCGUGCACCGGCAUGGGCACCGGCAUCAUCGGUGCCAUGGGCCCGGCCGACGUGCAUGGGCAGCAAGACGCUGCGUUGUCGGCCGUGGCGCUGGGCGCAGUGACCAUGGCCUUCUCUAGCCGAAAGCGCUGGCGAUUGUCUUGCGCAGCAGAGCCGGCAGAGCCUGCUAUCAAGAGCGGCUUCCUAGCUUUCCCGAAACCCUUCGUGUUCGGCGUCGCCACAUCUGCAUACCAGAUCGAGGGGGCAGCCAACAUACACGGCCGAAAACCUUCCAUCUGGGACGAGUUUUCGCACAAGCCUGGUACGACAAACGAUGGCGCCACGGGGGAUAUUGCUUGCGACCACUACCACCUGUUCAAGGAGGACGUGGCCCUCAUGUCGAGCCUGAAAGUGAAGGCUUACCGAUUUUCAAUCUCGUGGAGUCGAAUUCUUCCAGAUGGAACUGGCAACAUCAAUGAGGAGGGGAUCGAGUUCUACUCAGACCUCAUCGACAGCCUGCUUUCAGCAGGUAUCGAUCCUUGGGUGACUUUGUACCAUUGGGAUUUACCCGCAACGCUCGACUGGCUGGGCCCUAAGGAGUCCAUAACAUCGGCUUUUGCGACAUAUGCCCGCACGUGCUUCAAACAUUUUGGUGAUCGCGUGAAGAACUGGAUCACGCUGAAUGAGCCUUGGUGCAGCGCAGUCUUGGGAUACAACACGGGCGAUCAUGCGCCUGGUUAUACUGACGAGGGUGAUAGUGCCCCAUACAUCGCAGGCCACAAUAUGCUGCUGGCGCAUGCCGAAGCCGUUCGAGUUUUUCGCGAGGACUUUGCGGAUCAGAAGGGCCAGAUUGGUAUUUCGUUGAAUGCAGACUGGCGCCAGCCCAUGGAGAGCACCUCUGAGGACCGGCGAGCCGCUCGCCGAGCGAUGGAUUUUUCCCUUGGCUGGUUUGCGCAGCCGGUGUUUCAUGGGGACUACCCGGAGUGCAUGAAGGAAACCUGCGGCGACAGGCUUCCCACUUUCACACCUGAUGAGUCGGCACUUCUCAAAGGUUCCAGUGAUUUCUUCGGUCUGAACAGCUACAGUGCCAAUUUCGCGAAAGCUGCGCAGCAGCCCCUCGAGGGCUCUGGCUACUGGAACGACAUUGGAGUUGAGUGGUGGCACACGGACCCAGAUUGGGACACAUCUGACAUGGGGUGGCCGAUCGUACCAUGGUCCUUGCGAGAGAUCUUGCUGUUUAUUCAGGAGCAAUACAGUCCGUUCGGCGGGAUUUUCAUCACAGAGAACGGGUGUGCAUGUGAAAGUGAAGAAUCCGCCGAUCUGGAUUGCAGGUCAGAUGCUCUCAUCCCGGUUGCGUGGGCUGGCGACGACAGGAGGCACAAGGCUGACGCGAUUUUCGAUGAUCCGGAGCGAGUUCGGUUCUUCAGGGCUCACUUGAGCGCCGUGCAUGCGGCCAUCUCCCGCGGGGCAGAGGUGCGUGGCUACUUUGCCUGGUCUUUCCUGGACAAUUUUGAAUGGGCUGAAGGUUAUGCAAAGCGCUUCGGAAUUGUCCGGGUUGACUUCCCAACUCAGGAGCGAAUGCUGAAGUCAUCUGCUCGCUUCCUUGCCGAUGUCUUCGAGGCAAGUGGUCUGGAAGCCCCUUGCAAGGAGGAGCAGUAUGCCGGCAGAACCUUCUGA